ACCCCUGCCCAUUUAAGUUGGUACACGAUUUAUCGAUCCGCGUUGGGAAUCAACACAACGUGUAGGGGGUGGGGGCGUCAUCCCAGUCCCAUCUGGAAUCUGGACCAACCUCGCCAUGCUGACCUUCAACACCACACACUUCGGCACCACAGAAAAAAAGGACCCAGAAACCUGGGAAUUCGUCGACAAAAACGGCCUCCUCAUCCAGGAAAUGAUGGACGAGUACGACAACAAGGUGGGCCGAACCCAGGAGCGUCCAUCGCCAUCCUUCGCCAACGUGGUGAGAAAAACCGACAAACCCAAGAAGAAGCGGAGGAAGAAGGCCAAUUACGACUACCAAUGGGACGACGAAUCGGCUUGGGUGACGUACGAGACCAUCAUCGAGGACCCAGCGGCCAAAUACAAGACUAAGACCAAGAAAUCGCUGUGGCAGAUGUUCAGUUUGGCAGAUCGGGUCUGCAUUUUGACGGUGUUAGUCCUUGGGAGUUGUUGUCUAGCGUCCAGCGCCUACAGGAAAUAUUUAGAGUACCAGGGUAUUUAGUUUUAUAAAGUUGUUGCAAGAUUAGUUAGUUAGUUACUUUUAAUUAAUUAUACGAUUUAAAAUAAUUUAUCAACUGAUAAGACUGACUGGAAGGCUGAUACCAAAUUGUAAAAGUUGCCUUUUUUGGUUACUUUUGUAUUUUGUGAUGACGUAAUUGUAUUUACAUAUUUUUGUAUCUCGGAUAUUGUGUGACAUUUAAAGAAUAAAAACAAAUACAUAUCUA